AUGGAUCCUGGAAUCCAGGAAAAGGGUGCCUCGGCCUGGACAGAUGAGGCUAAAUUCCUGCUGCGAAUCGUUGCGCAACUCAAGGGAGAUGGCCGGGGCAUAAGUAUUAAAUGGGAGAAGAUCAACAUCCCUGGACGAACCCCCAAGAGUUUGCAGAAUAUGUGGACCAAAAUCAAUAAGCAAAUCGCUGAGUUUGAGGCUCGAGAGAGCGGCGGCGAGGGCUCAGCUGUGGCCGUGCCUGCCAAGCCGAGAAAGAGGGUCCCCGCCGGAAAGAAGGGCUUGGCCAUGGCGGUAGACCAAGGCGAUGGAGGCCUCGAUGAUGACGACCUUCACUUCAAGCAAAAGUUUCUGAUGAAACGUGCUGCCGAAGAACUUGAUGAUGAGUACCUUGGAGUAGGCAAGAAGCGGGCCAAAGUCAAAGCUGAGACAACGACUGAUGGUGCUAUUCGCGUGAAGAAAGAGGGCAAAUGA